AUGGGUGGAAUCGUGUCUAAAGCCGCCAACCAGCAGCCAACCAAGUCGUCACUCGAGCGCGAGAGGCAGUCAACUGACGAGAAGGCCCGACGUGCCUCGGGGAGUGCUCACUACACUGACGUGUCCCUCCCUAAAUCGUCCGAUGGCUCCGUCUCCCUUUCUAACGUCGAGGCUUGGGAGUUGACUGCUUCAGCAGACCCCAAGAUCCAACUCGCUCGUACUGUCCUCGCACAUUCCAACAUCAAGACAGCAUUGACGUCCCGUGAAACGCAGAUUGCGGUCCCUCAUGUGUUUAACCAUGAGGUGGAGUUCCAUACCGGGCCCGUUACCAACCAGAAAUCGAGUGGUCGUUGCUGGCUGUUUGCAACGACCAAUGUUAUUAGGUACGAGGUCAUGAAGAAACUCAAGCUCAAGGACUUCCAGUGUUCACAAUCCUAUCUGUUUUUCUGGGAUAAGCUUAACAAGUCCAACUACUACCUUGAGCUGUCUAUCGAAAACGCGCACCUUCCAGUGGAUGACCGUCUCGUUAAUUUCCUAGCAGACGACCUCAUUAGUGAUGGCGGUCAAUGGGACAUGGUAGUCAACCUCCUCGAGACGUACGGUCUCGUGCCGCUGCCUAUGUACCCGGAGUCAUUUCACUCUAGUGCUUCUGGUUCAUUGAACAACCUUCUUAAGUUGAAGUUGCGUGAACAUGCACUUACGCUUCGUGAUUUGUCUGCUACGCUCCGGGCCAACUCCUCGUUGACCUCUGAACAAGUCACUGCGAUACUGCGUGCUAAGAAGGAGCAACUUAUGCAGGAGGUUUACACCAUUAUGACCGCCACUCUCGGUGUUCCUCCUAAGCCGGACGUUUCGUUCACGUGGGAGUACUACAACGAGGACGGCAAGUACUCCAAGUGGGAAGGUACUCCACUUGAGUUCUACAAGGCGUUCGCCACCAGAUAUACGCCUUCUGAAUGCUUCUCGCUCAUCGAUGAUCCCAGGAAUGAGUACAACAAGCUUUACACCGUAGAUAAGCUUGGCAACGUCUGGGGUGGACGUCGGGUUCUAUACGUGAACACUGGAUCCACGGAGCUCAAGGCAGCUGUCGUUCGAUCCAUCAAAGCAGGGCAGCCUGUGUUCUUUGGUUGCGAUGUCAACCAGUUCUCGGAUUCUUCCAAGGACGUCGGCAUAAUGGACCUCGACUACCAUCAGUACCAGCAAGCGUUCAACAUCCAGUUGAACCUAACCAAAGCUCAACGUCUGCAGACCAACGAGUCAGCGAUGACACACGCCAUGGUCAUCUCGGGUGUCCACGUCGAUGAGAAGACUGGUUGUCCUAUUCGCUUCAAGGUUGAGAAUUCGUGGGGUGAUGAAAGUGGGCACAAAGGGUAUAUGGUCAUGAGCGACAAGUGGUUCGACGAGUUUGUAUACCAGGUUGUCGUACAUAAAUCGUUAGCGCCGAAAGAGCUCGUCAAGAUAUUUGAAGCGGGUGAGCCGUCGGUUUUGCCUGCUUGGGAUCCUAUGGGUGCACUGGCAUAAUUCCCCCAUCCUUUGUACUUUUCCCCUCGAUCAUGAUGCAAUGAUAUAUCUAUGACUUAAGUACACUGUCCUCGGUGAGAUCACGAGUAAGCUCAAAGAUCCA